CACACCCUUUCUCCCUCCUCGGUCUCCUCGCCCCGCCUUCCCUCCUUUUCUCAACCCCUCUAGUUUCUUCCCCGCCUCACCACUUUCCACGAUCUCGCGAGACUUGGCCCAGAACAUUGCGGAUCGGGUCGGCGCCAUUUUGGGACUGAGACUGGUUGUGGGGGAGGGAAAAGCGGCAAAAGGGGAUUAUUCAAAGUACCGAAAACCUCCUCCCGGGAUCGCGCGCAACGGCACCCCCAGGCCAGGGGCACCUCUGGUGGGGCGGAAGGUGAUUGAAUUAUUCAGAUAAGAAGAUCAUCUUCUAGGUUUUGUGUAAAAGGCCCCGGAUAUUUCAAGUGGCCAUUUUGGAAUUACAAUGUUUUUGGAUAAUUUUGCCCCAGAAGUUUAAUAAAAAUUGGCAAGAACCAUCUCUGAAGUGAAUUGAUAGUAGUGAACAAAUUCAACAAGCUAAAGAGACCCAGUCAUUUCUUCAUUAUUUUGGUUCACAUGGAUUAUAUAACCGGUUAAAGUUUUUCAGCUGGUGGUAUUUUUUUGUCUCCCCCCCCACCCCCCUUCCCCGUUAACUGUUCUUCAGCCCAGACUGUAAGAUGUUUGAUGUGUAUACUGAGUAGAUUCAGCAUUUUCAAAUUACUGUUUAUUGCUGAAGUUUCAUGGCAGUUUAUUUUUACCUUUAUUGAAAGUUUUAGGAAUUUUUGACCUUAGCCCUUUUCAUGUCACAAUGGGACAACUUUUCUAAAUGAAGACAUUGAAAGAAUACAGAGUUUUUUUCUUUCUAUCUUUUAUUUACGUGGAAAUUUAAGAUGUUACAGUUUUGUACCAGCAUGGUAGUGUUGAGAUAGCUAUUUGUAUAUGCUGGUGUUGAGAAAUAUUCCUCAGAUGUGAAAUUUUCUUUUUUAUUUGUACUUCUUGGCUUAUAAGUUGGAUAUUUUCAUCUGGAGUGGAUAAGUACAACAGUGACAAGUACAUGGAAUAAUAAAGAAGACUUUGUUCUUAAACCCAAGGAACUUGGCUAAUUCUGGAGAUAGCCAUAUGAAAACUUUAAAACAGAAGUAUGGGUAGCUGACUUGAAAAACUCUAUGUCAAAUAGUCAUAGGUUAAGUAUCUUCAAAGAACUUGGAUAUUUCAGAGGAUACAAAAUCAAAAAACAAACUGGAAAACAUAAAGAUAAUAGAGAAAACAACACCUUCCUGUGCAGUCCUGUUGGAAUUUGGACUUGCCAUGAGGUGUUGAAGCCUUGUUUCAUUGAGUCGGAGAGACUGGACCUAAAUGGCGCAGCAUGACUUUGCUCCAGCCUGGCUUAAUUUUCCUACUCCACCAUCAUCAACAAAGUCAUCGUUGAAUUUUGAGAAACAUUCUGAAAAUUUUUCAUGGACAGAAAAUCGUUACGAUGUGAAUCGUCGAAGACACAACUCUUCUGAUGCCUUUGAUUCUGGUAUUGGACGUCCUAAUGGAGGUAAUUUUGGAAGGAAAGAAAAAAAUGGAUGGCGUUCACAUGGCAGAAAUGGUACUGAAAACAUAAAUCAUCGAGGGGGAUACCAUGGUGGAAACUCUCGUUCUCGAAACAGUAUUUUCCAUUCUGGAAAAAGCCAAGGACUACAUGAAAACAACAUAUCUGACAAUGAAACUGGGAGGAAAGAAGACAAAAGAGAACGCAAACAGUUUGAGGCUGAGGAUUUUCCAUCUUUAAAUCCUGAAUAUGAGAGAGAACCAAAUCAGAAUAAAUCUUUAGCUGCAGGUGUAUGGGGCCUACACGCCCAGACACACACAUACCCAACCAAAAAACUCUCCCAAGCUCCUCUCUUAGAGUACCCUCCGAAUCCUAAAUCUAGAGCUCCAAGGAUGCUGGUUAUUAAGAAAGGUAAUACAAAAGACUUACAGCUAUCUGGAUUCCCAGUAGCAGGAAAUCUUCAGUCACAGCCAGUUAAGAAUGGAACUGGUCCAAGUGUUUAUAAAGGCUUAGUCCCUAAACCUGCUGCUCCACCUACAAAAGUAAUGGUGUGUAAUCGCUCAAAUUCCUCUUCACCUGUUGACAAACUUAAUCAGCAGCCUCGGCUAACCAAACUGACAAGAAUGCGCACUGAUAAGAAGAGUGAAUUUUUGAAAGCAUUGAAAAGAGACAGAGUGGAAGAGGAACAUGAAGAUGAAAGCCGGGCUGGCUCAGAGAAGGAUGAGGACUCAUUUAAUUUGCAUAACAGCAAUAGUACUCACCAGGAAAGAGAUAUAAACAGAAACUUCGAUGAAAAUGAAAUUCCUCAAGAGAAUGGCAAUGCCUCAGUUAUUUCCCAACAAAUAAUUCGGUCUUCAACCUACCCACAAACUGACGUUCUUUCCAGUUCACUUGAGGCAGAACACAGAUUGUUAAAAGAGAUGGGCUGGCAGGAAGACAGUGAAAAUGAUGAAACUUGUGCUCCUUUAACUGAGGAUGAAAUGAGAGAAUUCCAAGUUAUUAGUGAGCAGUUACAGAAAAAUGGUCUGAGAAAAAAUGGUAUUUUGAAAAAUGGCCUGAUCUGUGACUUCAAGUUUGGACCUUGGAAAAACAGCACUUUCAAACCCACAAUUGAGAAUGAUGACACAGAGACAAGUAGCAGUGACACAUCAGAUGAUGACGAUGUGUGAAGGACUUCCUAACAGCUUUAGAAAUUUUAGCGUGGUACAUCUCUCAUGCAGUUUGGGGUGAAUUGUAAAAAUGAAGAACUAUAAUUUAUGUAGUGAAAUACCCCAUUAGAAGAUGAUUUUUUUUGGGGGACUUCAUUAUGAAGAAAACCAAGAAUGUUGUGUUGGGCUAUGUUGAACAUUAUUUCUUUGUAAAUGAAUGUUGUAGAAAUGAGGACUUUGGUUGAUCCAACAUUGACUUUCUUCAUCACUGCAGCAUUUCUCUGACUAGCAAUGUGACUAUGUAACAAAUGAGAUUUUUCUCAUUUAAUAAUAAAAAAUUGUGUAAUGUUUUGCAAAGCUUCUGUCUUAAAAUGUCCAGGUCUUAAGGAAAACGGCAGCUUACAGGUUUGUUUGCAGAGCCGUUAUUUUUUCGUACUGUGGAAAUUUUCAAGUCCACAUUGUGCGUCGUGCGCCUUUUCACUCCACUUCUCUCUGAAACAAGACUAAAACAAAAGAAAAAAGAAAAAAAAAAAGGAAAAAUAUAGCAUGUUGGCUAAAAUGGGAGCAAAGUACACUUUAAGACAUUAAUUUCCUGAACUUAGCUGUUUUAUUAGUCACCUUUUAAAAUAUAAAUUGCUCUUUAGCCAUUUAUAGUUCAAUAAAUGUUACAGGAGAGACUCGCCAAACUUCCAGAUUUUAAGAGGUGAGUUUCAAGAGUUUUAUUUGGUUAUGUUGUUAGGUUAGGAUUUUCAGAGUUGAUGGAAAAGAAUAUUGUGGGAAAACUUAUUUUGAUAAAUUAUUACACAUACAGAAGAACUGAUCACACUUAAACUGGAUCUGUCCACAACAUGGAAAAUAAAACUGGAUUUUCAGAA